AUGGCGGAUGGUGGUGCUCCAUCAGUGUCUUGUGUUGGGCAGUCCAGUGUUACCCAAGGAGGUCAAAUGCAGUUUUCUAAAGAGUGCACCACUACACAAAUUACUAUGCCUGAGUCGGAGGAUUACCAAUCUAUUCACGAAGCAGGUAAGGACCGAGACCCUACCACUGUAUGUGUACAAUUGCGUCCUUUGAAAAGUGAUAAUAUAUAGAUUUAGCCAGGGUUAAAAGCGAAGCUCCCAUUAAUAAAUUUAUGAUUCAAAUCAAACAAUAAACUUCAAAUAAUCCACAAAUCAGUUAACUUAAGGGCACAUAUGUGACUUUUCAGGGAAAGCUAAGGCUAAGUGAUUUUAGAGUGAAAAAAAAUCUUACAUCGAAUUGAUAGCCGGUAUAUAUACACCCAAAAAAUAGCAAUCAUGGUCGAUCACAUUUAAGAGCCAUAAUAGCUCUUGAUCACAGUAGAUUAGGCCUGGAAAACGAAAUCAUGGAAAAAACAAAUCAGGCCGAAUUGUUUGCGUUCGACAAGUUUACUUAACAAAAUCUUGGCAACAACUCUGGGAGCGUGUAAACCAACAUUUCAUACUUUUUAUGCAUCACAUCUAGGUGAAACAGUAAUAUGAGGCGCUGUUUUUAUCAUACAGACCUCAGAUAAAAUGCAGUAUUUCACAAUUUUUCAAGACAAAUUGCACUCAUUCAAUAUUCAGAACCGUACGAAGCACGCGUGGGCUUUUAGCAAAACCGUUCAAAAAAUUUCCAAAAAUAACCUAGACGGCCAGCCGGUUGUCACUUUUGACAAACGCCAAAUUUUCAGUGAACAUUAAAAGAGUUACGCUUCAACAUAAUAAAGAAUUUAUUGUUUAUUUUUUUUAUUUAAUGGUUUUAUAACGAUGUGUAAUCUUAAAAACCGUUUGAUACGCGCGGCAUUUUGAGUACUCCUGCAAGCGUUGUCUAUGAACGACUGAAAACAAACAGCAAAGCGAUUAAAAUUGCAAGAGACUACUAACAAUCAAUAAAAGAAAUGUAAUUCGGUGAAACAUUUACAGAGACAACAAUUUACAUUCACGAAGACAAGUAUUAAAGCGUCUCUAAAAAUCCUGAGUCUUUACGCUUAAGCCUAAAGCUUUUAGCCGGCUUCCUGGUGUUUACUGUUUUCAGAGAUGAACUCGAGGCAAGAAAAUCGCUCAAAGCUUUCUUUCUACAGCCAAAAUUAUAACUAAAUACUCUUCGGAACGUUUUUUCAUUCUACAUCCGGAAAGAAAAUAUCGACUAAAGGCUUUUUAAAGCUCUGUAAGGUUAUAUAUACUAGAUCAGAUCAUUGUCUCAGAUCUUAAUACAAACGUGCAUAAAUUAGCCUCAUAAACUGCGCUCGACUUCAUGAAAUUAGAUAUAAAAAAACAAACAUACACUGUAUACAAUAAUUACUCAGGCUUACCUUUCGAGAUGCAGCUCUUGAAAGCUAUCAAGUAAGGCCAGAAUCGCUUGAGGGACUUUUCAACCCCGCAUCCAGCAAGGUGAAAAACGAAAACGAUGCAUCCGAAAUCGGAUUUCCAACUUUGACAACCGGCGCAUUUCCCAACCAAAAAUUCAAUAAACAAACCAGCCAUGAAUCAAAGAAGACUGUUGAUAGCAGCUGUAUUUCAUUUUAAGCACCCAGUGGAAAAAGACAAUAAAAAACAUCACAAGUUGACAAAAUACUCUGUCGGCUUCAGCUGUCAAAGUAAACAAGGUUCAAGAUGCUGUAUAAAUUUUCUGCAUGAACUCACCUGUCAAAUUUUGACCAAUCAGAGCAUAAAAAUUGGACGGUCGUAGAGCGUGAUCAACGCGUGACUAUGGUGAGAAAAGUGAAAAGCCUCUGUCUUCCCUGCUUGUAUUUUUAAAUCACUGGCUGAAUUUUCGCGUCCGAGAUCAGUUUGAAAUCAAAAUGUUAAUAACGCGGGGCCAUAGUGACAUUAACACAACGCUUUCUGUCAUCAUGUCAUUAUUUUGCUGCCGUUCUCUUUGCCUUUGUAUUUCUCUUUCGCGUUGCCUUUGUCUGUUCAUUCUAGCUCUGUCUCGUUCUGCUUGCCGGCGUUUUUCACUAUAAUUUUCUCUCCUUCUUCUCGCUCUGACUCUUUCUACUUGCCGACUUUCUUCGCUAAAAUUUUGUCUUCUUCUUCUACUUCUAACGCGCUCUCUUUGGCGAUCGUCUUCCCUUGUUCUACGCGUGUUGACUCUUGUUCUCUGCUUAAAACCUGUCGUCUACACGCUAAAAUCUCUCUGCUGUUGUUUUUUGACAUAAUAGCUUUCGUAAGUUGUAAUAAAAAGUUAUAAAGGCUCUGUCGAAAAAUCUUUUUGCUAAGUUGCUUUGAAAUUUCUUUUUUCAAAACCAGUUGCUCGAUAUAAUUGCGCGACGUUGCGCCAUACGAUUUCCCGCCAAAAAAAUCUCUACUUUCCCCUUCCCCAAGAGUCCAUGCGGACUACUUUCCACUACCCGGAAAGUCCGUACGGACGGACGUACGCUGACGUCAUAACCAAAAUUUCUCGGAUGGGUAGUUUAUCUUAGUUAUGGUGCUCCGCUAUAAUUAUCCGAUUCCUAGUGUUACAGUGCGAGAUAUUAGUAAAGUCGCCGCAUUGGCAUCUCCUUCGGUUUUCUAUCAGCACAAAAUAUAUGUGCAACCUCUACAAUUCUAUAAUUGUGCUGUUAGUGCUACAAAUCGUCUGUAAAAAAGUUUCAAAUCCCCCAUUCCGACUGCCUGAGGUUCUCCCUAGCUUUUAUCAUGAAGAGAUGAGAACGAGUGGGGAAACUGAUCAGCUAUCAGCCGACGUGGUAAUAAAUUGUUGUAUUUCGCGUGGUGUAAUGCAAGAGAUAAAUUUUAUUUUUCAAACGUUUUACUUCCUUGUGGUGGUUUAUUUAAGUGGGCCUGUAACAAAAACUAAGGUGAAUGAGCAAAUUCAGCGGCCGGUUCGAUGCCACUUACUUGCAAAGUGUUGUGAAGGGCUGUAUUAAUUUACUUGCACAUGCAUCACCCAAGAUUUGGCUCUUUAUUAAACUGGUUCGUCUUUAUUUUUGCAACAAUUUUCAGUUAGAGGGUUAAGAAACACUCGUGGUGUAGAAAGACUCAUAGCCAAUGUACUCUUGUAUCGUGAUCUCCCACAAAAGAAUCAAAUAACCCGAGUUUGUAGCAAAAUAGUAAAGUUAGUGGCAUUUCCUUUACUUGUAAGCUGUAAACACUUCUGAGCUUUUUGGGACGAGUUCCUUGCUUUUAUUAAUUUACUUUUAUUUCUCCAGUUUCAGCACCGGGCGGAAACAAUCCUGAUUACCAGUAUGAUCCAAUGGAUCCACUCAACUUCUACCACUUAAAAGGCUUAGAUUUUUUUGACAUGGAUAAGGAGUCCCCCUUCGAUUUGAAGGUAUAUUCAAUUAUCCUGACAUGACAUAGGUUUAAGUUGUAGUUAGGACUGUUGUUAACUGAGUUGUAACUGAGUUGUAUAGUGUCAGUUGAUGGUAUUAUUUUUUAUUAUCGAAUUGAUUGGUCGUGAUGUUAAAUCGUAAUGUUAUUGAUCGCUUGUUAGUUAAGCGUUGUUGUUAUUUGUCGUUAGCCCAAGAAGUAUCUAAACGUUCGUGGCUCGCUUUGGUCCGUCCUUUUUCAUUGUUAUAUCCCAGUUGUCGCUGUACUGUGGGCCAUAUUAUCGGUUUUUCAUGGUAAGUUUUGUUUGAGAUCGUCAAUAAGUCGUCUGUGUGGUGCCGGUAACUGCUGACUGAAGAGUUCAUAUGCGUUUCUUCUUCGAAUGUAAGCAAACCAAAAGUGAGUCGUUGGUUGUAGUCAGUAGAGUACCUCUACGUAAUUCAUUCAGCAGAGUUCCAGUGGAUACGGUGGUUUGACUGUACUAAAUGUCAAUCUAUGAGCAAUUUUAUUUUUAGCCUGACCAUUUCUUUUCGCUCGUUUUUUUAUGUCGGUCCUGUGUUAAGGUUUCUGCCAGUCUCACCAAUGUAAGUGGCCUGGUAGUCUUAGUUUUUGGUCUGUGUCGGUCGACGGUCUGUCCUUGUCUAUAACGUCCGCUAGCAGUCUUUGUAUACUGGUGAUCGGUUUGUAAGCGACAAGUUCGUUUUGGGAUAGUUGUUUUUGGAACCUCGCAUGCAUAAUCAGUUUGUCUGAUCUAGUUUUAGUAAUAAAUGUUACUUCAAUCUUUUAUAAUAACUAAUUUGUCACCAGUGUGAAGUUAACAAAAUUACCUCUUUGGUAGGAUGUACGGGGUGUGUUGCCGGAAGAUUUGACAAAUUCAGAUCAGUUGUUUAGCACAGCCACGGACGUCUCUCCUGAAUUUCCUGUAAGUGAAAGUACAAGAAGUGCACCGAGCUCUGUAACAAAAAUAAUUAUAGGGAGCCCAAACUUCUUAACCUGUAAAUCCAGGGAAUCCAAACCCAGAAUUUUCGUUAAGUGCCCAAAAUGGCGCCUUGUAAACGUAGAGCAAAGCUUACGUGUAACGAAAAGCUUGUCCAAAAUCACGUUAUUAGUGUUUAGAAGGAUUUGGUGUGUCUUUGUUUUUACAUUUUGUACGUAAGGAAGUUUCCUACUGAAGGUAGGUUUGACUUCCGUCCAUUAUUUGUUACCAUAGCAAUAAGAAUGAGAUUAUCGAUCUUUUUCAUUAAUGUAGGCCUUUAUAACUGGGCUAUAAAUGUAUGAAGUAACCCACUCAAUUCUCCACCAUGUACUAUAAACGAUCUGACCUAAAACAAAAAGGUUUCUAUUCUGCUUUUGUUAAUUUCAAUAUUUUUUUUCCAACUCAAAUAAAUGAAUAUAGCGAAUAAGGGUGCUAUUCGUUUUGCUGUUAUCACUACUAGUUACAAAUUUAACGACCUGGGCCCAGUUGUUCGAGGGCCGAUUAGCGCUUAACUCAUUGUUAAAUUUAACCCCGGUUUCCUUUUCUUGUGUUCAAAAGCAUUUUCUCGGAUAAUUUUCUCUGUUAUUUUAACAGCUUCCAAUCAUCAACUCUUAGACAAAAAGACUUAAAACUGAAAUGCUUAAGCUUUCAAAUCUUAAUUCAAAUCUCGCUCUAACCCUGGGUUAUCUUAACCCAGCUUUGAACAACUCGGCCCUGAUGUUUAAGCACUAUAACUUUUAAGCCAAACUGUUGGUUCUAUCAUUUUGUGACUAUACCAGAUAACUAUCCCAGAUGCUUCAGGAGGUGAAACUGAUCGUGGUUACUCGUCAUCA